GUGUCAAGAUGGUGGCAAUCAGAAAGCAGUUCACACUUUACUUGGUGCUGUUAUUAAACGUUUACACCAGUUUUGUGUCUUCGUUGUACUUUCAUAUCGGCGAGACUGAAAAGAAAUGCUUCAUAGAAGAAAUACCGGACGAAACCAUGAUAAUAGGUAACUACCGGACACAGCUGUAUGACAAGCAGAAAGAAGAGUAUUUGCCUGCUACUCAAGGACUUGGCAUGUUCGUGGAAGUGAAAGAUCCUGAUGAGAAGGUAAUCCUGUCUCGUCAGUAUGGAUCAGAGGGCAGGUUCACCUUCACUUCCCACACACCAGGAGAGCAUCAAAUCUGCCUGCACUCCAAUUCUUCCAAAUUUGCUCUGUUUGCUGGCGGAAUGCUUCGUGUUCACCUGGAUAUCCAAGUUGGUGAGCAUACAAACAACUAUGCAGAAAUUGCUGCAAAAGACAAGCUUAGUGAGCUGCAACUGAGGGUGCGACAGCUGAUGGAGCAGGUGGAUCAGGUCCAAAAAGAACAGAACUAUCAGAGGUAUCGUGAGGAACGCUUCAGACAGACGAGUGAGAGCACCAAUCAGAGGGUUCUGUGGUGGUCUAUCGUCCAAACACUGAUUCUGGUGGCCAUUGGUUUUUGGCAAAUGAGACAUCUCAAGAGCUUCUUUGAGGCCAAGAAAUUAGUAUAGAACUAGUUGGAUUUUUUUCUUUUUUAUUGUGAUGUCAGUUGAUACAGUACACACAGAAAUUUGAAGAUUAACUGUUUCGUGUGUGGUCAAGACUGCUGAAAACUCAAAAUGCGCUCUGUUCAGUUCCCACCCUAAAUCUUUUUUGUUGAAUACUGCUUUGAGAUUUGUUUUACACUGUUUGUUCCAGUGCCACACCCUAGUGUAAUGUGAAUCUAGUUUCUGUUCAGAUAUACAUUACAGUUUGUUCUAGGCUGUUUUAAGUAAAAAACACUCUUUUAAAUGAUUCAGCAAAGUAAUUUACUGCAGUUAGUUGUUGACUUUUUCUUUUCUUUUAUUGCUCCCCAACUUGUUACAAUAAAAUUUUGAUUUUUUUUUUGGGAAAAACUGAUGAAGAAAAUAACUAUUAACUGUAUCAAGGGCUGUUAGUGUAAUGUUUUUCUACAUGGAUUAUUUGCUUAAACAUUUACAAGACAAAAAUAACUGAGUUUAUCCUGGUGGCAGGUGCAUAUGUCUUCUGUUGUUUUGUUAUGCAGUAAUUAGUACAAUAUUUAAAGUAUAUUUUCUCAAAGUGAAUGUUUGUUGUUUUCUUUUAUACAUUUGGUCAAAGUUUUCUGUACCCCUGCCUCCCAGAUUAGAUUAGAAUUAUGCUGCUUUACCUUUUGAUAGAUACAGUUUGCUGAACUGUUUGAACAUGCAUGUGUUAAAUGCAUGUAUCCAAAUAAAUGGCAAAUUGUAGUUAUCAAAAGUUAAAAGGUUAAAGUAUGUGUACAUAAGCAGAGUGAAUACCUGGAACAUCAAAAUAAAUACUCCUGGGAUAUAUUUUUUCUUCAUAUUUUCUUAAAUUUGCCAUUAACUAUUAAUUGUCUAACAAAAUGUAGACAUAAUUUAAUAAGUUUUUCUCAACAGUGCUCUGUGAGAACUGUAUAACAUCUUGCACAUAUACUGGCAGCAAAAAGUUUGGAAUAAUGUACAGACUUAUGGAAAGUACUUGGUGCUUUAAUUCAGCAAAGUGACAGUCAACUGAUCACAAUGUAUAGUCGGGACAUUAAUAUUGUGAAAAAUAUUGAAAUAAUGUUUUUUCCAAUUUGAAAAAAAAACUUCUACUUCAAAGAGUUCUCAUCAAAAAAUCCUCCAUGUGCAGCAAUGACAGUUUUGCAGAUCCUUGGCAUUCUAGCUGUCAGUUUUUCCAGAUACUCAAGUGACAUUUCACCCCCCGCUUCCUGUAGCACUUGUCAUAGAUCUUGCCAUAGUCUUGUCGGGCACUUACCACGCACCUUACAGUCCAGCUGAUCCCACAUAAGCUCAAUGGAGUUAAGAUCCAUAACACAUUGUGUCUGUGUUUCUUUGCCCAGUCUAACCUUUUCUUUUUGGUUUCCUGUUUCUUCCCAUAAGGGCUGCACCCCUGAGUCUUCUCUUUAAUGUUGUACAUGAAACUGGUGUUGAGCGGGUAGAAUUCAAUGAAGCUGUCAGUUGAUGAUAUGUGAGGCAACUAUUUUUCAAACUAGAGACUCUGAUGUACUUAUCCUCUUGAUUAGUUGUACAUCUGGCCUUCCACAUCUCUUUCCGUCCUUGUUAGAGCCAGUUGUCCUUUCUCUUUGAAGACUAGUGUACACCUUUGUAUGAAAUCUUCAGUAUUUUGGUAAUUUCAAGCAUCAUUGGUGGUGGUGGAUGAAACACACUUUCAACCUGUCCCUCUCCUUGUCUGUAGUACCCACAUGCUUCAAAACAUCCUCCAUUGUGCCUGUACAAAAGCAAUAAA